GGCUUCCUGCUCGGCUGAACACGUGGUUCCGUGUCUGACUCCCUGCUCGUCUGACAGUGUGUGAAGGUUUCCAGCCCUUCUCUCACUCCUGUCUGCCUUCAUCUGUCCUCUCUCAUAGCACAGCACGGCUUCUCCUCCAUUUAUUCCAUCCACCCCGCGUCUCCGCCUCCUCCUCCUCCUCCUGCUGCACGUUUCCUCCGUCUCUGCGCGACGGUUCCCGGGACUGCCGACAGCCAGGCCGCGGUCAUUUCAACGUGUCUCCGCUCAUAGAGAGUGUGUGUGUGAGUGAAAGUGUGUGAGUGUGUGAGUGAGUGUGUGUGACCGCAGCCGGUCCAUCCGUGUUAUUUCUUCCCGCUCUCCCUCUUCUCUGUCCAGUCAUGACGCUGGAAGCGAUCCGCUACCGUGCCGGGGCUCUGCAGAUCCUGAACCAGCUGCUGCUGCCACACCAGACCGUUUACGAUGAGAUCCGCACGGUGCAGGAUGCUUACGAGGCCAUCAAGUCCAUGAAGGUACGGGGCGCCCCAGCCAUCGCCAUCGUUGGCUGCCUCAGCCUGGCUGUGGAGUUGCGGGCAGGCGCUGGGGGUGAUGACCCUGUGACCUUCAUCAGAGAGUCUCUGUGUCACCUGACUUCAGCCCGACCCACUGCAGUCAACAUGGGCCGCGCCGCCCGCGAGCUGAUGGAGUUUGCAGAGAACGAGAGCAUGGAGAAGAACUCGGAGCAGCUCAGAGAAAGUGUAAUUGCCUGGAUUGAAGACAUGCUGGAGCGUGACGUCAAUGACAACAGGAAGAUUGGCAACUACGGUGCCCAGCACAUCCUGUCUGGUGUCCCAAGGGACUCUGUGACAAUCCUCACACAUUGCAACACUGGCUCGCUGGCCACAGCUGGAUAUGGGACAGCACUCGGUGUGGUGCGAAGCCUCCACGCGCUGAACAGGCUGAAGCGUGUGUAUUGCACAGAGACCCGGCCGUACAACCAGGGAUCCAGGCUGACAGCAUAUGAGGCGGUAGCAGAGGGAAUCCCUGCUACACUAAUUACAGACAGCAUGGCAGCGCUCACCAUGAGGGAAAUGGACAUAACAGCUGUGGUGGUGGGUGCGGACAGGGUGGUUGCCAACGGAGACACUGCCAACAAGGUGGGCACAUACCAGCUGGCCAUAGCUGCAAAGCACCAUGGUAUUCCUUUCUAUGUGGCUGCGCCCAGUACGUCGUGUGACUUAAGUUUGGAGAGCGGCAGGGACAUCAUCAUAGAAGUGCGCCCGCCUGAAGAACUCACCAGUAUAAACGGCGUCCCCAUCGCUGCUCCAGGUAUCGAGGUGUGGAACCCAGCGUUUGAUGUAACCCCUCACCAGCUCAUUACAGGAGGCAUCAUCACAGAGCUGGGGGUCUUCCUCCCCUCAGAGCUCCAAGCAGCGCUCACCGGCCGCCUCACUGCCCUCUAAAGCCACUCAGCCCCUCCUGCUGGUCCGUGUGCGACACUGCACCUUAAUGUCACACUCUCAAAGACACUCAUCUCAUUACAGAACACACUCACAGACAAGGUUGUGCUUUAUUUAAAUUUUUCUAAUCGAAGCACCGUCACUGUUUCAUGUCAGUGGUGCACACAGAAGAAGAACAUGUGCUCUUCAGUCUCUUAUUCACCCUUACACAAAUUCACUGCAGGGAGUCGAGCAGACAUAUAUGUGCAGUCUCCCCUUUCUUUAUUGCCCCUCUUUAUUUUCUUUCAUUUCUCCUUUCCUCACGUUUUUUUGUUCUUUCAUUUUCUCCUGUCAACCUUUUCUCUGUCUAAACGGCUACUGCGACAAGGAUUAGCGCUCAGCUUGACUCAGUCAGAUUAAUUCUGUUUGGCACACAAUUUUUUGAUUCCUCACUAAGGCCUUUAGGCCUCUUCAGCUACAAAUAUUAAACUUCCAAAAAGCAUCAUGACUGAUCGUCUUUUACUUAUCAUUUUAAAGUAGUAGCUUUUAUCAGCCAUGGUUUAUUGAAUGCUGCUACCCACUUGUAAAUAUAAAUAUCCUUGCAGGUAGUAUGUAAAUAUGUAGAAAAGUCACCCCUACUAGAAAACGGUACUGCUGUUUUAACCAAAAAUUUGGUUAUUGAAAAGAAAAGUUCAUAUCAAAAAUGUUAUAUUAACAUUUAAUUUCUUUCAUUACAUGUAGAAACCUUUGCAAAGGAGUAAUCCAAAUUGGUAGCUUAUAGAUUUUAGUGCCAUGAUAAAUAUUUCACUCAUGUUUUAGCCAAAUUUUUAACAAGUGGCAUUUCAUGAUUAGUCAUCUUUACUUAGCUGAAGCCUAUGAAGAUACACAGCAGUAUUUAUGUGUCCUUGUUUGCAUCAAGCUGUUCCCUUCUAAAUGUAUCAUACCACACUUGUAUUCUCAUAUUAUACUUAAUACAUAAAAUAUAACCUUUCAUAUUCCAGCAACAUACAAAUAUUCACCACACCACACAUUACACUAUGAAAGAAUGAAGGAAUCUUAGAAAAGAAACAAUAUAAUUCUUGCCAAAACAUGUUUUGAGCGUGCUCAGAUGUUUAUUAUGCUGUUCUACUUUUGUAACACAGGCAUCAUUAUUAAAGGAAUAGUUCACCCCAAAAUAAACAUUUGGUCAUCUUCUCACUUUGCAUGCAAAAAAACCUUUACACACCAGUGCAACUAAAAAUGACAAGUCAUCAUUUUAUAAGUCCGAUUUAUACCCAGUAAUGUUAAAAAAAUUAAUACUGCUCUCUCUGUCCCUCAGAAUGAUGCUGUGCUUGGGCAGUAGAUAUGGCAGAGAACCCCUAUUUACUUUAGGUUGGAUGAAUAUCAUCUUUGUAUAUUUGUUUAUUGGACUUUAUUUCCUUCCACUCUCUUAUCUUUAGACCCACAAUCACCUGCAGUUCUCGUCUCUCUAUACUCAUGGUGCCAUCCCACAAUUCCAUGGUUAGUUUUAGCGUCUUUGCUGCUCUGAUGAGAUUAAUUAGCAGUAUUUUUUAAAACCUGCACAAAAACCUUUUGAAAUAUGUCACAUGAUAUUUCGUCAUCACAACAGGUGAACUGAGGCUUAUUGUGGCAAAAGUGUAUUAGAAUGAUCAUCCUAAACUAAGUUAAGCAUCAGCAGCAAAAUGAUCCAGAAAAAGAUUAAAACAACCUAAAAAGGUUAAGUUUUAGCAUGAGCCUUCACACAACAACAACAAAAAAAAAUGGUUGUUAAUAAAUGUACAGUGACUAUGAAAACUAUCACUAAUUUGAUUUUAUCAAUUAGUCAUAGUCAAUAUAAUUUGGCUUUUUUAAUAGCAAGAAAGUAUAAAAACCGCUUUAAUGUCAAAGUGAAAACACAUUUCUACAAAGUAAUUUUGACUAAAUAAUAAUAAGAAUAUGUAAUGUAAAAUCAGUGACUGCAUAAUUAUUCACCCCAUUCAUGUCAGCAAUUAGUAGAUGCACCUUUGGCUGUGAUCACAGCACUGAAUCUGUGUGGAUAGAUCUUAAUCAGGCAGCAAUUUUACUUCAUUUGUCUUUGCUUGACUACUUAAGCUCUGUCAGGUUACCCAAGGAUCUGGCGUUAACUGCCCCUUUCAAGUCCAGCCACAUUUUCUCUAUUGGAUUGAGUUCUGAAUAAGAUUGUCCUCCAGGAAUUUCCUAUGUU